AUGACACUUCGUCAGGUACAAGGCCCAGUGGCGGUAAAUGCUAUCAACGCUAGUUCCCCGCCGGUCAAUGAUCAAAUUCUCGCUUUUUCUAAAACCCUACAACAAGUACAGGUUCUGGACGGCGGGAUGUUGGCUAAGAUGCUGGAAAAUGGAGUCAAAGAGGAUCCGUGGAGUUCAGUUGCGAGGCUAGAUCCGAGGAAUCCAGGGAAUAACAGAGGUGGCAGAUUUGAAAGCAGUUGGUGA